AUGUUGCCCACCAGCCCCAGCUCUGAUUCUCUCGCCAGUACCCGAUCCAGCACGAGUCCAGGGACGCCUAGCUCUGUUGAUAAUUACCAGACAAUCUCCACCACAUCCACUGUCACCACCCGGAGACGCAAGUUGCGUCGCCCCACGUUCGAGCCCCGCACCUCUCGACUGGAUCCAGAGACAAUGACCAAGAACCAAGACCCCUUCCGUGGAUUCCACACACUCUUCUGGAUUGUAAUGGGUGCCUACGGAUUGAUCACAUUUGACGAGGAAUGGACCAGGGUCGGGAAGGCCUUUGGGGGCACGCUCUUCUCAUCGUUUUCACAGGACGCAAUCAUUCUCGCCAUCAGCGAUUUCGGACUGGUGUUCUCAACCGGGUUUGCCUUUGUCUUGGUCAAGAUGUUCGCCAAGGGAUGGAUGCGGUACAUGGUCAGCGGCAUGGUGGUUCAACACUGCUUGCAGCUUGUCUUCCUGUUGACGGCAAUUGCUUGGACCAUUUGGAGGGAUUGGCCAUGGGUGCAGUCUGGAUUCUUUACGCUCCACUGCAUCACCAUGUUGAUGAAGGUCCACUCCUAUAUCGCCUACAACGGAGAGCUAUCCGAAAAGAAGAUUCAGCUCAAGAAGAUCGAAUCAGCCUAUGCGCAGAUGAAGCGGAACGACAUUCAAAUCAUGGACGAUAACGACAUGGAUGCCAGCGCAGUCGCUGGCAAUACCGAUAACGAUACAUCUAAUGACAACCACAUUGACGACUUACCUACCAAUGACCCAGUCCAGGAACAAGAAGUAUAUCGACGCCGCCACCACCGUCUUGCCUCGGAGGCAGCGGCUGCGCUUCUUCAGGACCCCGCAGCAAACCCGUCAGGAUUCGACGCCAGCAUGCUCGCCUCUGAAGUGGACGAACUGAAGAAUGAGCUCCGGUGCCAGAAUGGCGAACUCUGGCCUGCUAAUGUCACUGUCGCCAACUUUGUGGACUAUUUGCUCGUGCCUUCCUUGAUCUACGAGCUCCAAUACCCACGCACUACCAGGAUCCGUCCAAUGUACGUCUUUGAAAAGUCCGUGGCAACUCUGGGUACCUUUACCCUCCUGUACCUGACGACAGAGCACUAUAUUUAUCCAGUGGUGUUCGAUCCGACCAUCUCCCCUAUGCGCGCUGUGGUGCUACUCAUGAUACCCUUUAUGAUGAACUACCUGAUGAUUUUCUAUAUUAUUUUCGAGUGCAUCUGCAACGCUUUUGCUGAAAUCAGUCGGUUUGCGGAUCGCAGCUUUUACGAAGACUGGUGGAACUGCGUGGGUUUUGACGAGUGGGCACGCAAGUGGAACAAGCCUGUGCACCACUUUCUCCUCCGCCACGUGUACGACUCUAGCAUCGAGUCGUUCCAUCUGUCAAAGAAGAAUGCGGCCUUUGCGACGUUCUUCCUGUCCUCAUGUGUGCAUGAGCUGGUGAUGAUGGUGGUGACGAGAAAGGUGCGCCUGUACCUGUUUGCGCUGCAGAUGUUCCAGUUGCCGUUGAUCUGGGCAGGCAACAUUAAGCUGAUCAGGGAGAGGCCUCGUCUCGCAAACGCUGUCUUUUGGCUGGGCAUGUUCUGUGGUCCUCCAUUGCUGGGCGUUGCUUACUGUUACGCCUAA